AUGUACAUUAUUGAUAAUGGAAAUUCACGUGUUUUGAAGUGGUCUCCAGGUGCCUCCGUUGGCAUAACGAUUGCCGGUACUACCGGUAUCAAUACCAAUUCAACGAGUUCAUUUGGACAAGCAUGGACCAUGGCUGUCGAUACUUCAAAUAGCAGAAUUUAUUUGGCCGAUCUAUGGUAUAAUCGAAUCCUGGUUUGGUCAUUUUUUGCUAAUGACAGCUCUUAUAUCAUUCCACUAACCGAUAUCGUUGGUGUAACAAUUGAUAUAGGAGGAAAUGUAUAUGCGACGACUCAUCAUUUGAAUACAGUGACUCGUUUUCCAGCUGGAUCAACAAAUGGCACAGUGAUUAUAUCGUCAGGACUUUCACUCCCAUGGGCACUUCGCUUCGAUCAAUAUGGUAAUUUAUAUGUUGCCAAUACUGGUAGUGGUACUAUUGUCAUGUUUUGUGCUGGUUUCACUGCAAAUUCUACUGGUAGCAUAGUUGCCAGUGGGCUUGACCAACCGGUUGAUAUUGCUUUUGACUCGCAAAUGAAUAUGUACGUUUGCGAAUAUGGAAAACAUCGAGUAGUCAAACUGGCCAAAUUACCCUGA